CGGCGCGAGAGCGAGAAAACAAACUCAAACGACUAGAAAAAAGAAACAAGCAGAACAGAAACAAUAAAGAUAGAAAGAAAGAGGAAGACGGGAAGGAAAGAAAGUCGGUGGCUGGAGCUUAAGACGCGCGCGCAGGAGCAGAGCUGUGAUUAAAGAAGGCUGUUUUGGGGCUCGAGCCUGAUUUGCGCCCUCUGCCGCAGAACCCAAACAAAGGACUGCGAGCUCGAGACCGGCUUAUUCCGCAGGCGCAACGCUCGUGGGCAAAAAUAUCGACCUGCAUUGCUGACGUAUAUACUCGUUCGUGGCGCGCGCCCGCUGGUCCUUUGUGUUUUUAGUUGUUUUUUCGUUUUUGUUUUUGGACCUCGUCGGCUCGAGCUCGGGCUCGUGCAAUUCUCGCUGUCUGUCCAGGGCACCGGGUCUGGUUCGGGAUGCUCGCGGUCGCGUGCGGAGGCAGAGCGGACGGAGGGCGCGCGGGGAGCUGCAGCCCAUACACGCGACUCCCGGCUAAGAGGAGGUUGGAUUUGGAGGAUCCUCUGUAUCUGCAGGGAUUCCGAACACCCAAAAGCAAGGCCAACACAGCUAGACUCUCCAGCCCAAAGACGCCAAAGUCUCCAGGUGAGCGGACGCGGUAUGACACCUCCCUCGGCCUGCUGACCAAAAAGUUUGUGGGUUUGCUGAGUGAGUCGGCCGACGGUGUUCUGGACCUGAACUGGGCCACCGAGGUCCUGGAGGUCCAGAAGAGACGAAUUUACGACAUCACCAACGUGCUCGAGGGGGUCAAACUCAUCCGCAAAAAAUCCAAAAACAACAUCCAGUGGCUAGUGAGCGGCGUGUUUGAGGGCUCAGCGGCUGGUUCAGAGCGGACAAGUGCUCUGCGGAGAGAACUGGCCGAGUUGGAGAGGAAAGAGAAAGUUUUGGACGAGCUUAUCCAGUCCAGCAACAAUCAGCUCAGAGAACUCACCGAAAACAAGGACAACCAGAAGUUGGGCUAUGUGACAUAUCAGGACAUUCGGUCUAUAGCAAGUCUGCGGGACCAGACGGUCAUUGUGGUCAAAGCUCCUUCCGGGACCAAAUUAGAGCUGCCAGAAACAACUGAGCAUGGCAAUAUGCAGAUUUACCUGAAGAGCAGGAACGGAGCUAUUGAGGUGUACCUGUGUCCAGAGGAGGGUCUGGAGGACUUCAGCCCGGUGAAGGCUGCCAGAAAGGACUUUACUAACGGGUUCACACAUAUGACCCACACUAACACUCCACAUCACACCCCCAGCACACCGUACACCCCCAAACAGCAGCACGGCACUGAAGCCGUUCAUGCUAAAGCCCAGCCCACAACAGAUGGCAACAGCACUGGCGCCGCCCUGCUGGAUGUAGAGGGAAUUUUGGGUCUCCCUCCCAGCCUCCUCCAGAUCACUGAAGAUCAGCUGCCUAGCACGGCCUUCACCCCUGACCCCUCGUUUGUCAGCUUCUCGCCCCCUCUCAACCACGACGACUACCUCUGGGGGCUGGAGGACGGAGAGGGCGUUUCUGACUUUUUCGACACCUACGAUCUGGGAGAUCUGCUGAAAAGCUGAGCCAGAAGAACCCGAUGGAGUCGUCCUUCCCUGAAUUUGUGUGAGCGGCAGCUGAAAAUACCCCACAUGAAAAUGUAAUAUAUUGAAAAUGAUGGAAUAUGUUGACAACAUGUUGGAAUAUAUUCCAUUCUCCCUAUGGAACGAACUGGAUGGACAUCUUUUUAAUCUUUUUGAACUACUUCUGGAAUUUGAAGAGCAAGUGAAUACCCAAAAUGUCUCACAUUAGCUUUUCAGCUUUUAGACUUCCAGAUUCAAACUCUGAAAUAGUCAAUGAAACACUCUGAACUCAGGAUUGAUAUCAGUUUUGAAGCUAAAACAUGAUUGCUUUAAGGUUUCUGGGCAAGAGUGUCUAGAAUCACAUCCAGAAUUUGGCUUAUUUUAACAUUUAGCUUUUAGAUUCAAGGUUAAAAUCUUGAAAUAACAGAUAAAAUUCUCCUCUCUCAGGACUAAUCUCGAUCCUGCAGCUCAAGCAUGAUGAGUUUGACUGGCCAGGAGACUCUAGAUUCAGAUCCAGAACUGUGCCUAGGUUUCUUUUAGCAUGUUUUUCUUUUAAUGUUUCAGGUUUAAAACCUGAAACAUUAAAUGAAAUGCUGUAAACUAAGGAUUGAUAUCAGUUCUGAAGCUCAAACAUGAGUGGUUUUAGGUUUCUGGAACAAAAUCCAGAAUCUAGCUUAAAUUAGCAUUUAUUUUUUAGAUUCAAGGUUAAAAUCUUGAAAUGGCUGAUGAAAUUCUCUUUAGCAUGUUUUUUUUCAGGUUUUAAUCUUGAAAAAUUGAAUGAAAUACUCUACACUCAGAAUUGAUAUCAAUUGUGAAACUCAAGCAUGAUUAGUUCUAACAGUUCUGAGUAGGAAACUCUAGAAUCAGAUCCAGAAUUAAGCAAUAUUUUAGCAUUUAGCACGUAGAUUCAAGGUUACAGUCUUGAAAUAUCAGGUAAAUUUCUCUUCAGACCAGAAUGUCAAGACCAAUCUUGAACCUGUUCGAUUUUUGAGCAGAGGUUUUUGGGCAGGAACCUCUUCAAACAAAUCCAGAAUUUAGAUCAUUUUAAGCUAUACUGAAAUAGCAGAUGAAAUUCUCUUAUCUCAGGACAGAUCUCAAUCCUGAAGCUCAAACAAGAUUAGUUUCACCAGACAGGAGCCUCUAGAUUCAGAUCCAUUUUUAAUUUUCCAGGUUUAAACCCUGAAUUAGUCAACUCGAACAGUCAGCUGGGCUGGAACAUUAGAAUCAAACCCAGAAUUUAGCUUCUUUUAGCAAUUAGCUUUUAGAUUCCAGGUUUAAACCCUUUGAAAUGAUCUCAGGCUUCAACCUUAAACUCAGACACAAGUAGUUUGAAGGUGUAGUAGGGCUGGGCCUGAAUUUCUAGAAUCAACUAGAAUUGUAUCCAACUGUGCUGAACAUGCUGGACUUGAGAGCGCCCUCUAGAGGAGCUACCCAGUAUUGUUCACCAAAAGGGGAGGGGACAGUAUCAGCUUAUUAGACUGCUGUCUAAGGGCGCCAUCUGUAAGUGAGCAAGGAAAAAAGAACUUAAUUAAAUGAUCAAUUUGAGAGCGCCCUCUAGAGGCACUCCAGAUAGAUUUAAUACACUAUGAAGCCAUGGUUUUUUGACAGCCAUAUCAGUCAGCUAGUUAGUUAGUUAGCUAGACAUAUAUAGGGUUGUAAUAGGUAUUUUUAAGCAAACAUAUUUUUGUAUUUUGUAAUGUAUUUCAGUCUGAAGUGUUUUUUUUUUCAGUCGCAGAAAUUACAGACUGAAAAUGUUUUGUGAACUGAACUGCCAAUACACCUUGAGAUUUCAAGAAAGAUUUGAAUCAAACUCAGGAAUUUUAUGUCUUCCAAAGCUGAACAUUGUAUACUGUGAUGUUUGUUUCUCUUAAUGAAUAGUGUUUGCCAGUAGUGGGCAGGAGUAGACCAGUAAUAGUUUGACCUGAAAUAUGCAGUGCUUAUAUGAAAAAUCCAUCAAAGGCAGUAUUUAAAUUCUGAAACCUGUACAUUGGUCUAACACCACUUGCACAAAACAUGACAUCUGUGGCGUCACUCAUACAAUAUACACAUUUACACAUGGAAAGAAAUGAUUUCUUGACAAGUAUUAUUUUUUAUACAAUAUAAAAUCACUAUAAAAUUUUGUUUUAUGAGAUAAAAUUACCCAUGUAAAACUACUAAAGGAAGACAUUGCUAUCCGUUUAGAUUGUUUAACUAGAAGUCAGUGUAUUAUUCUUACAACAUGCUCAAAAAAGAAAUAUCGGGUAUAUUGACUAGAUUUACGACGGUCAAACUUGUCAAAAGAUCAUUUUUUUGCAGUUUAUAAUAUCAGGUGCUUGAGAAUUCCAGCUCAAUCUAGAGAGGUUAAGUCUGGCUCUGGAGCUUCAGCUGUUAUUUCUUCUACCUCUCAAGCUUUAUCUUCCUAAAUGUAAUAAAUGAAUGCCUUGUAAAUCUGCUCCAAAGUUCUGCAUAUCAGUUAAGUGGUUCCAUCCAAAGAGAGCUACAUUACCGUUCACAUGCACAGCUGCAUAUAUAAGGAUAUAAAUGAUUUGGCAGCUAAUUUUUCAAUAUUAAGUGAUAUUUUUCCUAAAUCUUUUAGCAAAUUGUAUGACUAUUUUUCUACAAGGAAUGUAAGUUAAACCAAAUUUAUCAUUACAAAGUGAUUUGCUGGUCGUCUUUCUUUCUUUAAGUGAUUUUCUUGGUUGCAGUGUUAAUAUUUAGACCCUGAACUGCUCAAUUCACUCCGGGAGAAACAAAAAGAGGUUUGUUUUGUUGUUUGUUUGUUUUUAUAGCUGAAAACUGAAUAUAUUUGCAUGACAUUUCAGUAUGUGAUGCAGCUCUGAGCGCUAAUUUAAAGCCACAGUCUGCUUUCCCACACUCAGAUUUAGCUUUGCUAUGUGUUUAAAGCGAUAGUUUAGCUCAAAAUCAAAUUCUCAUCAUUUUUCCCAUCCUUAACCCAAUUGUAGUCGAUCAGCAGAGACAUGUUUGGUGUCUAAAGUUGGCUUCUUUAGUUUUAGCACCAGAGCUACGUUGGUUAGUGGUUGGUGGUUGGUUAGUGUAGUGGGUAACACCUUUGCCUUCUACGCUGGGGUUCAAUACCCCAC